GUUGCAAGUGGGAAGGUUUGAAGACGAUACACUGAGUGCGUAUUUACAUUCUCAUCGUAAAUAUUUCGUUAAUAUCCUAGACAACAACCGAUUCACCCGUUUCAGAAACUACAAUGGAUGCUAAAGAGGACACCAGCUCUGGAAGUGUAAAUGCACAACACGAUGCAUCGGACAGUGGCAUCACCACCAUCAUCGCUGUUGAAAACUUGAGCGAAGCCCUGAACAAUGCUGAGAUCAUCGAAUCUUUGAGCUUCUGGGACGAAGGUAGUAGCCCACCACCGAGUAACCUAGUUCCUAUGGUCACAAUGGAUGAAAGUUCGUCCUCUAGCAAUGAUAUGGAACCGAUGGAAUUAGAUGUGCUGGAACGUGACUUGCUGGUAGAUGCUAAAGAGUCAGAGCUAACAAAUCGUUUUCUGAAUGGGGAAUUGACAUUUAGUCAGUACGCGAGUUUGAUGGGCGGCGAUGAGGACGACGAUGGUGACGACGACGAUGUUAUUGACAGUUACAGUACUGUACAAGACCGCCCAGAUGAAUCAAUCCAGCCUAAACCUUCAAGUGCAGCAGUUAAAGAAUUUGAAGAACUAGCAGCCGGGCCUUCACAGAGGCAGAGGAAAUCAACUACAGAAAAGACCAAACGUGUCAGACGGCACCUUCCUCCCGCCCUGAAGGGAUUGAUGGGUGAGGCAAACUUAAGGUACGCUCGAGGUGAUCACGAGAUGGCCAUUAAAAUGUGCCUAGAGAUAAUAAGGCAGGUGCCGACAGCCCCCGAGCCUUUCCACACGCUCGCGGUGUUGUAUGAGGAGAAGGGCUACCCGGAGAAAUCCUUACAGUUUGCACUGAUUGCGGCCCACCUGAACCCAAACGAUGUGGACCAAUGGGUACGCCUAGCUGAAAUCUCUGAAGAGCAGGGCAACCUGAGGCAAGCGGCAACCUGCUACUCCAAGGCCAUUGCAGCUGAUUCGGCCAAUACGGAAGAGCACAUGGUCAGUAUAUACAUGAAACGCUGGGAGCUCCUGGACAAGGUGGGUGAAACGAAGGCUGGCCUCAGGGGCCUCAUCAGGCUGAUGACACUCCUCCGUCACGACCAGGGUCUGGUCCUGUUCCACAUAGCGAAGAUUGUGGCUACAAAGUACCACGAGCGCAAUGAACUGGUCCGUGCGAAGGAAGUUAUGGACAUCGCAUUUUCCAAAAGUCCUCAGUCCGUCACUACGGAAGAUGUCAAUUUGAUGUUGGAACUUCUCUUGAGCCUGCAGCACUACCAGGAAUGCAUCAACAUCCUCGUUCAGUAUUGUGGAGUGGAAGUGGAAGCAAUAUCUGAGAAUCAGGCGUCCGGCCGAGAACCAGUUUUGAAGAUAAUGUCGUGCAAUAUCCCGGAGACACUGGUGAUUGACCUCAAAGUUAAAGUUAUAGUCGUACUAAUCCAUAUGAAAACUUUUCACCUGAUUGACGAGCUGCUGAACUUGCUCCUGAACGGGCAAAGCCCAGAGCAGUCGGGCGAUCUGUACCUUGAUGUAGCCGAGGCCCUGAUGUCGGAAGGCGAGCACCGUGAAGCCCUGCGUCUAUUAGAACCGCUUACAGAGACAGAAAACUACAGCCUGCCCGCGGUGUGGCUGCGGCACGCAGAGUGCUUGAAGCAGUGCGGCCGAACCGAGGAGGCAAUUGCUGCGUACAGGCAGGUGGUCACGCAGGCGCCACAGCACCUGGACGCGCGGCUGACACUUUCGGACCUGCUGAAAGCCGUGGGCCGUGAGGAGGAGGCACUCGUGGUCCUCACACAGGAUGAAGAGUCGGAAGUACUGGAACCGGGACUGCUGUAUGAGCGGUGCUUGCUUCUGAAAGAUGCUGAGGGUAAGACCGAAGAAUUCCUGGCUGUGGGCCAGCUUUUGCUGUCCAGGCACUGGACGCGGAUCAGGAACCGUGAGGAAAUGUACGCACUCACCCGAAUGAGGAGGUUUACAAAGAAACGCGACGCGCUCAGGGAAAUACGUACCAGCCGUGGAGAGCCAUCCCAUGACCCUGAUGCUCCGGACUUCCAUUCUGGCAAAGGAGAACCGUCGGUACAAGAAGAGUGGGCACUCUUCAAAGAAAUGUGCAACACGUGUAUGCGACUUGAGCGGUUCAAUCUCCUGCAGAGACUGACAUUUUCGGCGCUGGGCUCAAAGAAGUUGACAUCCAAGCCAGAAAUGUUGCGGGAGCUCGAGUUCAUGUGCAUGUUGGCCUGCUUCUACAAUGCCGACGCAUACUACGGCUACAAUUUGGCGAGAGAUAAUGUGUUGAGAGACUCCUCCAAACCCAGGAUUUGGAAUUUGUUCAACUUGGUCAUCCAGCGUGCUGAUGACGUGCGUCACAAUAGGUUUCUCAUGAGGCUUCUUGCGAGGCAACCCAACCACGAGGCCCUCACCCUCCUGCAUGCCAACAACUGCCUCGUGGCGGGGACGUACAAGUACGCCCUGAGUGAGUACACCACGGCUUACCGUGCCAGGCCGUCAGCAAUGACUGCGUUCCUUGUCGGAGUGACGCUUAUUCAGGUCGCGUGUCAAAAAUUUUCCGCAAAAAAACAUGCACUUGUCGUCCAGGGGCUGUCAUUUAUGAGUCUGUACAGGAAAUACCGUGGUCAGGAGGGUUUCCAAGAAGUGUCCUACAAUUUAGGUCGAGCUUUCCACCAGUUGGGCCUGUUACCUGCUGCUAUAUUUAACUACCGUAAUGCGCUGGAGAGUAAUGUCUCGCCAUUAAUUGAGCAGUCGCCGAAACGAUUGAACCUUCAAAGAGAAGCGGCAUUCAAUUUGUAUUUAAUUUACCACAGUUCAGGUUCCAGUGAUAUCGCAAGGAGCUACCUUGAAAAGUAUAUUGUUGUCUAAUACUAAGGAUUAUCUUUAAAAUGUUGACAUUCAUAGUAUGUAACUGAAUAUAGAGAAAAAUGAAAAUGAUGGGAGCUGCAGCAACUUGCAAGUUUUACUAUAAACUGGCUGAGUACCCAUUGUUGCUCGGGUAUGUAUUCUAGUCCUGUAAGUCCAUUUCCUCCUUCCCUCUCUGUCCAUCUCCUCAUCCCCCCUCUCUGUGUCCAUCUCCUCUCCCCUCUCUGUCCAUCUCAUCCUCUUUCCUUUCUUUGCCCAUUUCCUACUCCCCUCUAUUUGUACACCUUCUCCUUAUCCUCCUCCCUCUAUCUAGAUCCUUCUUUAGAUAAUGUCUGCAAAAUUUGUAGUUUUGAGGAUGUAAUAAAUUAAAAUGUCAUGCAUGA